CUGCCAUGGACGCGGGCGGUCCGCCGCCGCUGUUCCUCCUGGGCGCCGUGCUGGCCGCGGCGCUGGGGUGGCUGCUCGUGGUCUGGCGGGCGGCGGCGGGGCGGCGGCGGUCCGCGUCGGCGCGGCUGCCGCCGGGGAGCACGGGGCUGCCGCUCAUCGGGGAGACGCUGCGGCUCAUCGCGGCGUACAAGUCGCCGAACCCGGAGCCGUUCAUCGACGAGCGCGUGGCGCGGCACGGCAGCGGGGUGUUCACGACGCACGUGUUCGGCGAGCGCACCGUGUUCUCCGCCGACCCGGCCUUCAACCGCCUGCUGCUGGCCGCGGAGGGCCGCGCCGUGAGCUGCAGCUACCCGUCGUCCAUCGCCACGCUGCUGGGCCCGCGGUCGCUGCUGCUCACCUCGGGCCCCGCGCACAAGCGCCUCCACUCGCUCACGCUGACCCGCCUCGGCCGCCCGGCCUCGCCGCCGCUGCUGGCGCACAUCGACCGCCUCGUCCUCGCCACCAUGAGGGGCUGGGACCGCCCCGGCGCCGGCGCCAUGCGCCUCCUCGACGAGGCCAAGAAGAUCACCUUCAACCUCACCGUGUGGCAGCUCGUCAGCAUCGAGCCUGGGCCGUGGACCGAGAGCGUCCGGCGCGAGUACGUGAAGCUCGUCGACGGCUUCUUCUCCAUCCCCUUCCCCUUCGCCUCCCUCCUCCCGUUCACCGUCUACGGCCAGGCCCUCAAGGCGAGGAAGAAGGUGGCCGGAGCUCUUCGGGAGGUGGUAAGGAAGAGGAUGGACGACAAGGCGGAGGACGACUGUGGCGCCAGUAAGAAGAACGGGGAGAAGAAGGACAUGGUGGAGGAGCUCCUCGAAGCGGAGGGCGGGAGCUUCUCCGUGGAGGAGAUGGUGGACUUCUGCCUGUCCCUGCUGGUGGCUGGGUACGAGACCACCUCCGUGCUCAUGACGCUCGCCGUCAAGUUCCUCACCGAGACACCCACCGCACUGGCGCAGCUCAAGGAAGAGCACGACAGCAUCAGAGGGGUAAAAGGCAAAGGCCAAGCUCUGGAAUGGAGCGAUUACAAGUCGAUGCCGUUUACACAAUGCGUGAUAAGCGAAACGCUGCGCGUGGCCAACCUGAUCAGCGGGGUGUUCAGGCGUGCGAACACCGACAUCCACUUCAAAGGCUACGUGAUCCCAAAGGGCUGCAAGAUCUUCGCGUCGUUCCGAGCCGUGCACCUUAGCCUGGACCACUACGAGAACGCCCGGACCUUCGACCCUUGGAGAUGGCAGCAGGGCAAGAGCAAGCUGCAGAGCGCGGAAGGGGCCAGUCUGUUCACGCCGUUCGGCGGCGGGCCGCGGCUGUGCCCGGGCUACGAGCUCGCCCGGGUGGUGGUUUCCGUCUUCCUCCACCACCUCGUCACGCGCUUUAGCUGGGAGGAAGCCGAGGAGGACAGGAUUGUCUUCUUCCCCACCACGCGGACCCUCAAGGGAUACCCCAUCAUCCUACGGCGGCGACCGGAUUGCGAUGAUCUCUGACCUCAUGGCUAUGUUCUCCCCCCUUAUCUUCUUCGGAUCAAGGCCGAAGGCUAAGCAUUAGAUAGAGUAAGGUGGAUGUCGUGGCUAGUAGGUGCAUGGUGGUUUCUGCCACUCACUCACUCACUCACUCUGUUGUCUGUUUGUUCCUGUUCCUCUCUGUUUUCUCUUGCUCUGUAACCUGGACCUGGUACGAGUCAGCAGCCAGCAGCAAACUCGCGUUUUGCCUGUAAAAUCUAAAAUCUGAUAUGAGAUGCAGAUGCCCCCGCGACU